CAGUCACACUUCCAUUGGCCGAGCUUUCGGCGUCCAUGCAAAUCAGGAUGGGCCCGCCGCCGCGCCGAUUGGCUGAUGCUCGCGGAGCGGAGCCCUUGGACUCAGGCUCUGAUUGGUUCCGGGGCCCAGACGACAGAAAGGACGCGGGGCGGGUUCCCGGCCUGAGAGCCCGCGCCGCCUGCGGAGGCUUACGUCGCGGUUGGUAGAGGGCUGGGCGCACCCCUCGAUCGGGAGGGCUCUAAGGCCUGUGGCUCCGUCGGGAACCAACCUCUGAACCCUUGAGUCCUGGUGCUGCAGGGACUUCUUGGAAAGCUUGGGCCUCGGUGCUCUGGGCACCGGGCUGCACGCCCGUCUCCUAGGUGACGCUGAGGCCUGGGAGAGGAUCAGACAAGCAGAAUGAGCGACUGGAACAAGAUCUUUGCCCAAAACAUACUUGUCCCUCCACACCCGCAGAGAGCCCGGCAGCUUUUGAAGGAAUCCACAGCGUUUCAGUGCGUCCUGAAGUGGCUUGAUGGGCCGCUAAUUAAGCAGGGCGCGCUGGAGGUGCUGUCAGAGGUCGAGUGCCAUCUGCGAGUGUCUCUCUUCGAUGUCACCUACCGGCACUUCUUCGGGAGGACGUGGAAAACCACGGUGAAGCCGACCAAGCAGCUCUCUCGGCAGCCGCCCAGGAUCGUCUUCGGCGAGCCCCUCUACUUUCAUACGUCCUUAAACCACCCGAACAUCGUGGCCGUGGUCGAAGUGGUCGCCGAAGGCAAGGCGCGGGGUGGGACCCUCCAGGCCUUGUCCUGUGGGUUUGGAGUUCUUCGGAUCUUCAGCAGCAGGCCAGACUCUCCGACCUCUCCAUCCCAGGACAGACGGUUGAAGCUGUAUCACGGCACCCCCAGAGCCCUCCUGCACCCGCUUCUCCAGGACCCCAUAGAACAAAACAAGCACAUGACCCUCAUUGAGAACUGCAGCCUGCACUACACGCUGCGGCCACACCCCGCCCUGGAGCCCGCCUUCCACCUGCUGCCCGAGAACCUGCUGGUGUCCGGUCUGCAGCCCAUCCCUGGCCUCCUUCCAGCGCACGGCGACGUGGGUGAUGCCCUCCGGAAGCCGCGCCUUCAGAAGACCUCAACCUGGCACUUAGAUGACAUCUUCUUCACCUUGUACCCCUCCCUGGAGAAGUUCGAGGAGGAGCUGCUAGGACUCCUCGCAGACGACCACUGCCCGGAGGGGGGUGGCCCGCUGGACUGCGGCUCCCUGGAGGUCUUGGAGCGGCGCCUGCACGUGGGUGUGCACAACAGCCUGGGCUUCGUGCAGAGGCCGCAGGUGGUGGUGCUGGUGCCCGAGAUGGACGUGGCCUUGACGCGCUCAGCCAGCUUCAGCAGGAAAGUCAGCUGCUCUUCCAGGACCAGCCCUGGAAACCAGGCUCUGGUUUUGAGAAGCCGCCUGCGACUCCCCGAGAUGGUCAGUCACCCUGCGUUCGCCAUCGUCUUCCAGCUGGAGUACGUGUUCCGCAGCCCUUCAGGCGUGGAUGGCAACGCGGCGUUGGUCACUUCCUUGUCCAACCUGGCGAGCAUGCGCGUGGUCCGCUGGGCUGUCUGGAACCCCCAGCUGGAAGCCAGGGCCGGAAGGGUCACCUUGCCUCUGCAGGGUGGGCCCGGGCCCAGCCCCUCGCUCUGCCUGGUCUAUAAGGGGCCCUCGGCCAGCAGGAGCUCUGAGGAGGUGAAGCAGGUGGAGGCGGGGACGGUGCAGUUCAGGUUCUCACUGAGCCCCGAGGACACGGCUGCGACGCACACCCAGGAGCCCCGGUCUGAGCGGCGGCCGUGCAGGAGGCCCCCCACACCCCCCGCAGGCCCGCCAGUGUCCGCACCCCAGGGCCUUGCUGCCACCCAGGACUCACCUGUGGGACCGGGGCUGUCCCUUUCCCAGCUGGCGGCUUCCCCGCGGUCCCCAGCUCAGCGCCACUCAGUCAGAUCCAGUCCGCAGCCACUGGACGGUUCCCAGCCCGAGCCGGAGGACUUUGCACGGGGGAGCAGGAUCGCUCACCUGGAGACUGACCUGAGCCGGACCCCUUCUGUCCCGGAAACCGCUGUCACCGAACACUUGCAGGAGCUGCCCUUCACCCCUCUGCAUGCCCCCAUAGUCGUGGGAGCCCAGACCAGGAGCGCUGGAGGCCAGCUCUCGAGGGCCACCAUGGCUCUGCUGCAGUCCUUCAGCUUCCCGGAGAUUCUGGAUGCCAGUGAGCAGCCUGCUGAAGCUGUCAGCGCCGCAGAGCCCGUGCCGUUCAACCCUCAGAAGGAAGAGUCCGAUCGUCUGCAGAGCAAUGAGGUCGUGCUGCACUUCCUGGCCUUCAGCAGAGUGGCCCAGGACUACCGAGGAGCACCGUGGCCAAAGACUGUGUAUUUCACCUUCCAGUUCUACCGCUUCCCACCCGCGACCACACCGCGCCUGCAGCUGGUCCAGCUGGACCGGACUGGGAAGACCAGCUCUGGCUCCCUGUCCCACAUCCUCGUUCCCAUCAGUAAGGACGGCUCCUUCGACGCUGGGUCCCCUGGCCUGCAGCUGAGGUACGCCGUGGGCCCUGGGUUCCUGAAGCCGGGCGAGCAGCGCUGGUUCCUCCGCUACCUGGCUGCGCAGACGCUGCAGAUCGACGUCUGGGACGGGGAUUCCUUGCUGCUCGUUGGGUCAGCUGGCGUCUCCAUGAAGCAGCUGCUCCGCCAAGGCCGGCCGGCCGUGCAGGUCCUCCACGAGCUGGAGGUUGUGGCCACCGAGUACGAGCAGGACACGGUGGUGGUGAGUGGAGACCUGGCUGCGUCCGGCAGCGUCAAGCCCGUCGGGGUCCACACGGUGGUGAAGGGCCGGCUGCACCUGACCUUGGCCAACGUGGGUCACGUGUGUGAGCGGAGAGCGACAGAGCCGGGCUCGCUGCCGCCGUCCAGAUCUCGCGUCAUCUCCAACGCCGGAGCCGGCCGCUUCCCCGGGGGCAGCCUCCUCACGCGGGGGUCCCUGAGACCAGGGAGGAACGUGGUGCAGGCGCAGAGGCUGGCCGACGUGGACAGCGAGCUGGCUGCCAUGCUGCUGACCCCUGGGCCGGUCGGCCAGGGACCCCAGGGCGGCUCCCGCGAGGUGGACGCUGUGCGCAGGCGCAAGCUGGAGAGGAUGAGGGCUGUGCGCCUGCAGGAGUCGGGAGUGGAGCCUGUCGGCCGCAGGACUGCAGUGCUGGCCCAGCAGAGCGCACGCAUGCAGCACUCCCGGGACCUGCAGGUCAUCGACGCCUACCGGGAGCGCACCAAGGCAGAGAGCAUCGCCGGCGUGCUGAGCCUGGCCAUCACCACGCAGCACACGCUGCACGUCACGCUGGGCACGGCCGAGUUCUUCGAGUUCGCACUGAAGAACCCCCACAACACGCAGCACACGGUGUCCAUCGAGAUCGACAACCCUGAGCUCAGCCUCAUCCUGGACAGCCGGGAGUGGAGGUACUUCAAAGACACCACCGGCCUGCACACGCCGCUGGAGGAGGACAUGUUCCACCUGCGCGGUGACCUGGCCCCCCAGCUCUACCUGCGCCCCCGGGAGACCACCCACGUCCCCUUCAAGUACCAGAGCUUCUCCACGGGCCCGCCAGCUCCCGCGCAGGUGCUGGGCCCGGGCAGAGCUGGGAAGUUCCGUCCUCCUCUUCGAUCUCACAUGUCCCCCUGCCUGCAGAGGGCCUCCACUGAGCCGAGUGUGGAGGACAGGGAUGCCGGAGCACCCUGGAAGUCUAGUGCCAUGCCCACUAAACAUGCCAAGGUCCUGUUCGGCGUGGCUGGCGGCAGGCCCCUGGCCGUGCUCUGCCUGACGGUGGAGCCCCAGCCCCACGUGGUGGACCAGGUCUUCCGCUUCUACCACCCGGAGCUCACCUUCCUGAAGAAGGCCAUCCGCCUGCCCCCCUGGCACACGCUUCCAGGUGCUCCUGUGGGAAGACCCGGGGAGGAGCCACCAGUGCACGUGCGGUGCAGCGACCCGAAUGUCAUCUGUGAGGCCCAGAAUGUGGGCCCUGGGGAGCCCCGGGACGUGUUUCUGAAGGUGGCCAGCGGGCCCAGCCCAGAGAUCAAAGACUUCUUUGUCAUCGUUUAUGCGGAUCGCUGGCUGGCGGCGCCCGUGCAGACGUGGCGGGUCUGCCUCCACUCCCUGCAGCGCGUGGACGUCUCCUGCAUCGCGGGCCAGGUGACACACCUGUCCCUUGUGCUCCGGGGGACGAAGACUGUUAGGAAAGUGAAGGCCUUCUCCUCCCACCCCCAGGAGCUGAAGAUCCUGCAGGUGACUUCCUGCUGCCCCCUCACGGGGUGCAGGACCUCCAUGUGGGGGUGCGGCCCCACAGGGCCGGCAGCCGCUUCGUGCACCUCAACCUGGUUGACGUGGACUUCCACCAGCUGGUGGCCUCCUGGCUCCUGUGCCUCUCCUGCCGCCAGCCGCUCAUUUCUAAGGCCUUCGAGAUCACCAUGGCGGUGGGGGAAGGGAAGGGUGCUAACAAGCGGAUCACCUACACCAACCCCUACCCGACCCGGAGGGCCUACCGCCUGCACAGUGACCGCCCAGACCUGCUGCAGUUCAGGGAGGACACCUUCCAGGUGGGGGGUGGCGAGACCUACACCAUUGGUCUGCGGUUUGCACCGGGAGGGAGGCCAGGCCAGGAGGAGAUCCUGAUCUACAUCAACGACCACGAAGACAAGAACGAAGAGACCUUCUGCGUGAAGGUCACCUACCAGUGACCUGGGCCCGAACCUGGCUGAUGGGAGAAGUGUGCUGUGGUUGUUUGUGUGAUGUCCACGUCCAGCUGAGCUGCUGCUCAUACUGACCACAUCCACAGGGCCACGUUCCCUGGCUUGGGCAUGAGCCCUGGCAGGGGCGGCGGCAGGGGCAGUGGCGGUGGUGGCCCAGCCCCUGCCCUUGGCAUGCAUGAGAACCACUUCGUCCUUCUGUAGCGCAUGGAGGUCAUCACCGUCUAUAAGUUUGUUUUGAUUUGCUUUUAGCAAAGUGUAUUUUAUAAAUCAUCCUAAGUGAUAAAAUUAUAUUUUUCUUACUGGAUUUUGUACGACAGAAUAAAUUAUUUGCUACAGUGUUUGA